AUGAAUGUGGAUUUAGAGGAUAUCAAUAAUAAUGAUGGUAAUUAUACUCAAAUUAGUAAUACAGAGAUGACUAUAUUCCGGUAUUUUACAAUUUUAUUAUAUUUUCUAUUAUUUAGUAAUAUCUUUUUUUUAUUUUCAGUGAUGAUAUAUUAUUUGAAUGUACCAUGUGAAAAAUGUGAUUUUUAUAAUAGAAUAUUAGUUACAGUUAUAUUAAUAAAAAGUAUUAUUCAUUUAAAAUUAACUAUAAUAAAAGUAAAAAGAAGGGAUGAAAUAGAAAAUAAUGAAAGAUUAAAAAAUGUAAUGUUUUUUUUAAUUAAGAUAUUUAACUUUUUAACUUUUUUUUUAGCAAUAGUAUCUUUAUAUUUCCUUCAUUUUUAUACUAAUAUUUGUUCGAAACCUACCUUAUCUCUAAAAUUAAUUAGAAUAUAUUAUUAUUUUACUAUAACUUUAUAUUUUAUUCCAUUAUUAUUUUAUAUAUCAAUUGGUUUGUUUUUGUCAAUUAUAAUAUGUAUUAUGAUAAAUUAUUCCGUUGAAGAAAGUGAUCGUAUUCCUACUCCAGAAAAUAUAAUAAGUAAAUUAAAAAUAUUGAAAUAUAAGGAUCUAGAUUAUAUUCAUAAAAAAGGAAAGAAGGAUAGUAAGAAUAAACAAUAUAUUAAAAAACCAUCUUUUGAAAUGUUAUUUGAUAAAGUAAAAAGUGUAAUUAUAGAUAAAGAAAUUAAUGAAAAAAAAAAAAAAAUACAAGUAAGUAGUAGUAACUCAAAUGUUGACGAGAAUUUGCAAGAAAUGCUGAGACCUCUUAAUAAAAAUGUUGAGAAUGAAAUUAAUAAUAAAGUUUCACAAGAAAAUUUUGUAAAUAAUAAUAAAGAAAUACCAAAUGAAAAUGAAGAUGUAUGUUCAAUAUGUAUGAUGAAUUAUAUAAAUAAUGAUGAAGUUAUGAUAAUGCCUUGUGAUAAGAGGCAUUUUUUCCAUGUUAGUUGUUUAACAAAAUGGCUAUAUAAAAGUCAAGUAUGCCCCAUAUGUAGAACAAAUAUUGUAAACUGUUUUGAUUCAAAAAAUAAUAUUGUUUAA